GGCGUCACACGGUCAUGUGACCACCAGGCGUGUAGGAAGGGGAGGGCUCUGACAAGGAACCGUGCUCAGCACUGAGAGCUCCGUACAGGACAUGGCGUCUCAUUUCAGUGGAGUGCUGCAGCUGACCGACCUGGACGAUUAUAUCGGGCCAUCCCAGGAUUGCAUUAAACCAGUUAAAGUUGAGAAGAAACCUGGAAAAGCAGCAGCCAAGAUCCGAAUUGAAAAUGAUGGGAGCUAUUUCCAGGUUAAUGAGGACGGAGCUUCCCAAAAGCUAGAAAAAGCAAAGAUUACAUUGAACGAUUGCCUGGCCUGUAGUGGCUGUGUCACCUCUGCAGAAAGCAUCUUGAUCACCCAGCAAAGCCAUGAAGAAUUGUACAAGAUUCUAGCCCAGAACAAAAUAGAAGGUCCUUCUCAGCAAAAGCUGGUGGUAGUGUCCAUCUCGCCACAGUCUCGGGCCUCCAUGGCUGCGAAAUUUAACCUAAAUAUCCCAGAAACUGCUAAAAAACUGACUUCCUUUUUCAAAGCACUAGGUGUUCACCAUGUUUUUGACACAAGCUUCUCCAGAAACUUCAGCUUGUUGGAGAGUCAGCAAGAGUUUAUAAAGCGAUACAAGAGACAGAAAGAAGAUCAGAAUGCCCUUCCCAUGCUGGCCUCUGCCUGCCCAGGCUGGAUUUGUUAUGCUGAAAAAACACAUGGCUCUUUCAUCAUCCCAUACAUCAGUGUCACCAAGUCACCACAGCAAGUCAUGGGAUCCCUGAUCAAAAAUCACUUUGCACAGACACAGAACCUAAAGCCAAAUCAGAUAUACCAUGUGACAGUGAUGCCCUGUUAUGACAAAAAGCUAGAGGCUUCUAGACCAGACUUCUUUAACCAGGAAUAUGAGACCCGAGAUGUAGAUUGUGUCAUUACAACUGGGGAAGUUCUGCGAAUAUUAGAACAAGAAGAAAUGUCUUUGGCAGAUGUGAAUCCCUGUCCACUUGAUACAGAAUUCACCUCUGUGAUGGACGACGAGCCAGUGGGACAUGAAGGAGGGGGAUCAGGUGGAUAUCUAGAACACAUAUUUAAACAUGCAGCACUGGAGUUAUUUGGGAUUCAAGUGGAUGAAAUAAAAUACAAGCCUCUAAAGAACAAGGACUUUCAGGAAGUGACCCUGGAGAAGGACAAUAAGGUGCUGUUGCACUUUGCUUUGGCAUAUGGUUUUCGGAACAUACAGAAUCUGGUUCAGAAGCUAAAAAGAGGACGCUGCAAUUACCAUUAUGUGGAAGUGAUGGCCUGUCCUUCAGGCUGCUUAAAUGGAGGAGGACAGAUUCGAGCAGAAGGAGAACCUAGUAAGGACUUGCUGGAGAGGGUGGAACAGCUUUACAGUUCUGUGAGAAAUGAGUUACCAGAGAAGAAUGAGAGAGUGAAGGAACUAUAUGAACAGUUGCUUGGAGGGAGAGGUGGUCUCAAGGUAGAAGAGGCCUUACUUACACAGUAUCAUGCGGUAGAGAAAACUACCUCUGGACUCAACAUUAAAUGGUGAUUGGAGGAUGCAGUCGUUCUUUGCAGCAUAUGUUCUAGACCACAAACACUUUUAACUGUAGGUUAUAUAAAAGUCUAAGCAUAUAAUGCUGUCUCAAAAGUGAGUGCCUUGAUGUUCUUGAAAUGCCUAUGGCUAGGAGGACGUGAUGGAACUUUUUGAGCCUUAACAGCUGGCCACAGGUUGGCACUGUACUGUCUUGGACGGUGUUAGGAAUACAGAUUUCUAUCAUUUUCAUGUCAUCUGCCAUGUUUAAAGUUAGAAAAACAUUUCCAACCCCUGAUCUGAUCCAUCAUUGCUCUUUAUUAUGGUGUUUAUCUCAGGGUCUUUGAGACUUUCUCACUUUUUGCACUAAAACAUGUUUUACAAACUGUAUUUCAGAAAGUAAUGCUUAUACCAUGUGUCUUAUGUUGUAUAUUUGGUGUGUGUGUGUGUGCAUGAUUUAUGCUCUAGAUAAUGAUUCAUAAUAUAUUGUUUAGCUGAGUCUUGUGUGACAAUAUUUUAUGGUCUAUAUAAUUUUUUUGUUCAAUACGUUUUUAUUGUAAAAAAUAAAAGAGAAAAGACAGAU